AUGACCUCUCGAAUUGACAAGACCAUUGCCCGGCAGCAAGAAAAGAUCGCCGCCGGAGCUUACUAUGAAUCCCACCAACAGCUCCGUGUGAUCGCAGCACGGUACAUAAAACAGUCGAAUUACGAUGCCGCUGCAAAUAUACUAUCUGGUGGAGCGAAGGCCCUGCUACAGGCCGGAGCCCAGCAGGGAGCUUCUGCCAGUGGGGGUGAUCUAGCAAUCAUGCUGGUACUUGAAGUUUACAACAAGGCAGAGUGGGAGGUGGCCGAUGACGAGACUGGAAAGGAGAGAAAACAACGACUCAUUGAAUUGCUCCAAGAGUUUCCGCCAGAGGAACCAACCAGGAAGAGAUAUAUAAACGAAAUUAUUUCGUGGAGUUCAAAGUUUGGCGAUCUUGAGAGGGGUGAUCCGGAGUUGCACCACGCGAUCGGGUCAAUCCACGCCCAAGAAAAUGAGCCAUAUGAUGCGGAACGGCACUUUGCUUUCGGGACUGUCGAAUCUGCCGAGGCUCUUGCAUGUCUGGAGUAUAAUUGGUAUACCUACGAUGCAAUGCACACUGCCGGGAUAUACUGUUGUCGCGCAGUAUUCCCAUAUCUACUUACGGGUAAUAUUCUCAAUGCGAACAAGGCAUUUUUGGUAUUUACACGACGACUAUCCACAUCAGAGUCCGGAAGCGCCCUCAGCGUACAGGAAGUAAGCAGUAAGCAGAAUGAUGUUCGUAUGUACCCGUCUCUGCCACUGCUUAACUUCACAAACCUACUCCUUCUUGCUAUCCAACGGGGUACUCCUGAUUUAUUCAGGCAGCUUCUCAAGCAGUAUGAGCCACAUAUUAAGGAGGCUGGUGGAUGGGACCAUGCAUUGGCCCAUAUUGGAGAGCUAUAUUUCGGCAUAAAGAUACCGAAACAGUCGAACCCUUUGAUGGAUAUGAUGGGGAUGUUUUUCGGCGGACCACCUGGCCAAUCCAACCAGCCCAAGUCCGGCGAGCAGUCCAAAGCGCCAAAAAGGGUGGAGGCCCCGCCAUCAUUAGACUUAGAUUAA